AUGGCUUCCGCUGUUGCGUCGUCGCUCUCCGUGAACCGCGCCGUCGCUGCCGCCGUGUGCGGCGGAGAGAAUCGUCGUUCCCUCGCCGCGUCGCCCCGCGCUUCCCUGCGCCUCUCGGCACCACUCCGAGCCUCUCCCCUCCCCCUCGCGCCUUCCAAAUGCCGCCCGCUCCGCGCGCCCCUUCCGUCGCGGCGACCGACAGUGUGCGCCGCUGCCGCCGCUCCAGCGGCGGUGGCGGACGGCGGGCUGCUGACGCGCGUGGCCGUUGCGGCGUAUUCGGCGCUCGUGCCGGCCGGGACGGCCGCUAGCAUGGGACUCACGGAGUUGACGGUGGUGCUGGCCCUGAGAGAGACCAUCAUCGCGCUCGCCACUGCUGCCAUCUUCUUCAACGCGCCCAAGAUCUGCCGCCUCGUCAACUACGUGUGGGGGACGCUGAUCAUGCGCGACGACGAGGUGACGGAGGAGGAGUUUCAGGACAGCAUGUUCGGUGCGCUCGUGCGGCCGCUGCAGUUCGUCCUCAUCUCCUUCUUCCUCACCCACCACCUGCGCCUGCUGGUGCCGCUGCUGAAGCUGCCCGUGACAGCAGCAAUGGUGGGGAAGGCGCGGCUGUUGGCAUGGGUGGCAGCUGCUACGUGGUUCGCGACGGGAUGGAAGGACCGCGUCUUGAAGCUCGUGGCUGCUUCUCACCCCGAGGAUAAGCCGGUUCUGGCGAACGUGAGCAAGCUGCUGACGCUGCUGCUGCGGGUGGCGGCGGUGGGCACGCUGGCAGAGAUGAUGGGCUUCAGCCUCAAGUCGCUCAUCGCUGUGGGAGGAAUCUCAGGUGUGGCGAUUGGUUUCGCGUCCAAGGAGAUAGUGACCAACUUCUUUGGCGGGCUCAUCCUGUUCCUGACGCAGCCGUUUGUGGUGGGCGACAAGAUCAAGGCGGGCAGCGUGACGGGGCGCGUGAGAGAGAUCGGCUUCCUGCAGACCAAGCUCGAGGCCGACGACAACUCGCCCAUCGUUGUGCCCAACUACAUCUUCAACACCGCUGUUGUGACCAACUACUCCCGUGCGGGCUGCCUGGCUCUGGAGGCCACGUUUGUGCUGCGCAACGAGGACAUCAUCCGCAUCCGCCCCAUCACAGAGAAGCUCACGGCGUACCUGCGCGCGCACCCGCUGGUGGACGUCACCAAGGGCCCCACGCUCGGGUACCUCAAGAAGCUCUCCGGCACGGGGCUGGAGGUCGGCAUCAUCGCCUACGUGCAGGACAUGGAGGACGAUGAGUACCUGGCGGUGCAGCAGGAGAUUCUGGAGCAGAGUGUGGAGAUCAUCGUGGAGGAGGGGGCCUACCUCGGGGAGAGCGCGCCCUUUGAGCCCUCCGUCUCCCUCGCCGCCUAG